CCACCCUCCACAUAAUGCAGGCCAAAGCACUCAAUUUCCUCCCAUUCAAGCCAUGGCCCUCCUUCAAAUUACCACCGGUAAGGGCAAUCUCAUUUCCUGAUCGAGUUCCACAAGACAUUUCUACAUCUACACCAAGUCAACAACUAUCAAGUUCAUCUCAAAAUGAAAAAAUAUCAGCUUACUGGGAUUAUCAGUUUUUGUUCAUGUCUCAGCGUUCAGAAACCGAUAAUCCCAUUAAUUUACGUAUCGUUGAGGGAUCCAUCCCGUCAGAUUUCCCACAGGGGACAUAUUAUCUGACGGGACCUGGAAUAUUUAAGGAUGACCACGGCUCAUCGGUGCACCCAUUUGAUGGCCAUGGGUAUCUUAGAGCAUUUACAUUUGAUGGGGCCAAAGGUGAGGUCACAUUUAUGGCUAAAUACGUUAAGACCACAGCUCAGGUGAAGGAACGUGAUCGUGAUACUGGUAAGUGGGGGUUUAAUCACCGGGGCACAUUCUCUACUUUAAAGAAUAAGAGAAAAUUCGGGGACACUACAGUUAUGAAAAAUGUGGCAAAUACAAAUGUAUUGAGAUGGAAUGAUAGGUUGUUCUGCUUGUGGGAAGGUGGCCCACCACAUGAGAUUCAAUCUGUAUCGUUAGAUACGAUCGGAGAAUUUGAUUUGAUCAACGAUUCUGAUUGUUUACCAAUGCCAUCAACCAACGUUCGGGAUACAGUGGAUGGUGGUGAGAUUAUCUUGGAUUUGGUUUCAAGCAUAGUGAAGCCGAUAUUGUAUGGGGUUUUUAAGAUGCCUGCAAAACGAUUGUUGGCUCAUUAUAAGAUUGACGCAUCCAGGAAUAGGCUGCUUAUGCUGGCAUGCAAUGCAGAGGAUCUGCUCCUCCCACGCAGUACCUUCACCUUUUACGAAUUCGAUUCUAAUUUCAAGAUCCAGCAAAAGCAAGAAUUUCGAAUCCCCGAACAUCUCAUGGUUCACGAUUGGUCUUUCACAGAUUCUCAUUAUAUAUUAUUUGGCAAUCGCAUCAAGCUUGACAUUCUUGAAAAAUAUUUAGGAGCAAUGUCAGCAAUUGGCGGAUAUACUCCAAUGGUAUCAGCAUUAUUAGUGAAUCAUAGUAAAUCAACAUCUCCAAUAUAUUUGUUGCCUCGUUUCCCUGAGCAUGCGCAGGGGAGGGAUUGGAAAGUGCCGAUUGAAGCUCCUUUGCAUAUGUGGAUGCUUCAUAUGGGGAAUGCAUCCGAAGAACGAGAUCACAAAGGCAAUAAACAAAUUCAAAUACAAGCAAGCGGUUGUUCUUACAAGUGGUUCAAUUUUCAGAAAAUGUUUGAUUUUAUGGUAAUUAAAACAGGAUAUGAUUGGCAAAGUGGUAAAGUAGACCCAUGGGUGAUGAAUGAGGACAAAGGAGAAAAUAAAUUGUCGUCUCGUCUUAUCAAGGUUUCGAUUGAGUUAGAUGCAAUUGGAAACUGUGAAAAAUGUUGUGUGGGUAAUCUAAACGAUGAAUGGAAACAAGCAACUGAUUUCCCAGUUAUUAAUCAAGAAUUUGGUGGAAGCAACAAUACAUAUAUGUAUGCAGCAGCAACGUCGGGUGUUCGUCAAGAUUUGCCAUAUUUUCCAUUUGAUACAGUGGUGAAGUUCAACACUGUGAAUAACUCCAUCCAAACAUGGUAUGUUGGAUCUAGAAGAUUCAUUGGUGAGCCUAUGUUCGUCUCAAAAGGAAGUGUCGAAGAUGAUGGAUACAUCCUUGUUGUCGAGUAUGCAGUAUCAGAACAGAAGUCAUAUCUAGUAAUUUUAGAUGCCAAGAGGAUCGGGGAGACAACUGCUAUGGUGGCAAGACUUGAAGUGCCUAAAUAUUUGAAUUUCCCGCUUGGAUUUCAUGGAGUUUGGGCCUCUAAGAAUUCUAAAACAUAAAUAAAGGCAUUACAAUAUUAUAUAUAUUUUAAAUGGAUAUAUGUGAAAGAUAGAAACCUAUUAUAAUUUAUUUGUGUAUUAUGGAAUCCUAACUUGACAAUUUCACA